AUGAAGAAGGAGAAUGUUGCGAACUUCAUCCGAGUAAAUAUCAUCUACCGCUUUGACAUUCUUCGUUACAUAAUAACGGAUAAUGGCAAGCCACUUGAUAAUAAAUUGAUGAACAAGAUUUGUGAUCUCUUCGGCUUUAAGCAGCGUAAAUCUUCUAUGUAUUAUGUUGCCGCCAACGGUCUAGCUGAAGCGUUCAAUAAGACUCCGUGUAACUUAUUGAAGAAGGUUGUCUCCAAGUCCAAACGAGAUUGGCAUGAACGAAUGGAAGAAGCUUUGUGGGCAUAUAGGAUGACUUACCACACACCAAUGCAAGCAACCCCAUACUCGCUUGCUUAUAAAGUUGAAGCGGUCCUACCACCUGAGCGCCAAAUACCUUCUUUACGGCUUACUAUUCAAGAAGGGCUCACCAAAAAGGAAAAUGCUUGA